CAAUCUGUGGCCAUACAAUUAUCAAAGAUGUCUUAAAUUCAGUAGUUGUUUUGAAUGAUUCAUGACGUCUUCCUCUGACAGUGGUGAACCUUCAGCAGUUUUACAGAAGUGUACAUGUACAAUUUAAAAGCCACUGAUAUACCAGGAGCAGUGCUGCCAAGAACACCUGAGAAGUGCAAGGUUAAUGAAUUGAGAAUAUGGUUGAAGAGCAGGUGUCAGAGAGUAAAAUCAAAGGAAACCAAAUCAGAGCUGGUUUUAAGGGUUAAGAAGUGCCUUGAACAAGUUGAGAACCUGCAAGUAGUAGAUCCUCACCCGGGCCAACCGUACUUGGCAAAAAGAAAAGCAAACUGCAAUGCCUGCUCACCAAAAGAUAAAACAACACAGCAGCAGUCAGUCCAGUCAGAAAAAUCACCAACAUGGACCCAGAAAACAAGUGACUUACCACAAUCAUUUUCUUAUCUUGAUAUUCUUAACUAUUCAAAGAAGUCUGGAAAGAACACAAAAUAUAUUGAAAAACCAAUUGACAAAGGAUAUGCCUUUUACUUUGAUGGCUAUGUUUUCAACCAGGAAGUAGGUAAAAGAAGUGAUUGUAUUUCAGUGAGGGCCAGGUGUUACAGGUCGAUGAAGAAAAGUGAAACACCUCACUCUUUAACAGUGUUUCUAAGUGUAACUGGUGCUGUGACUGGUGGGAAUUGUUCCUGUGUUGCUGGAGCAGGGGGACACUGUAAUCAUAUAUAUGCUUUGUUAUAUUCAAUUGAUCAUGUCAUUAAACUAAAAUUGGAUACAUUUGUAAGAGAAAAAACAUGUACUGAUCUACCAGCUCAGUGGGUAAAAAGCAGGACAGAUGGGGUUCGCUCUGAACCGGUUAUGACUGCAUCAGUGGUAAAGCCAAAGUACGGAAGUCAGUCAAAAGGUAUAAAAUCAUCGUUGUAUGAAGCAAGGGGUAUGAAUGCAAACAAAAAUCUAGAGGUAACAAAUGACACAAUAUCAAAGUUAGGCAAAAUCAACCCACUGCUUGGAGUGUGUAUGACAGUGGGAAACCAGGCGCAGAGUACUAGUACACGUAUGGGUUUUACUGUUCCUCAUGGCUCGCCAUUGUCAUACCAGCUGUGCCAGACUGAAGGGAACUUUGUCAGUGCGAAUGUUUCUGCAAUAAAAGGCACACAAUGUGAUAAUGUUUCAAAAGUCCCCAAUUUCCCAUGGAAUGACAGUGGCAUUGAUGAAAUACCCCAAAAGGUUUAAAUAGAAGCUGGCC